UGCUUACCUGUCCAUCGAAUUACAAACUGUAGGCCCAUUUCUAAUAUCGAAGGUACCUGCGGAAAAAUCCCUCGCUUUUCCCAGUCAGGAAGGAGGACCGAUCUAAGUGGUCUCCCGUCUGCAACGCAAGUCAUCGAUAACCGUGACGUCUAUCGAAUGAGCAACCCCUAAUCGGCACCCCGCACUCAUGUCUGGGACUGCGUUCCGUAGCGGCACGCAGCACUGAAAUUGAUAGACCUCCACCAGACCUCCACGUAAGAAGGUGGCACGUCUGUGUUCGCAUGUAUGUUCGACUGCUUCGAGCAACGAGUACACGGUUAUCAUCACUUGACCAGGGAGACGAACCUUGCAAGAAUUUUGGCGGUACUGAGAGAGAGGAUUUGCUGUCUCUCUUCCCGGAGCAGGCGCCGUUUCCCUUUCCCAAGAUUUAGAUCUGCAUGGUGCGGCCCUGGCCCAAAAUGUGUCGCUGGGUCGAAGAAAUGUGGGAGACACAGCUUCCUGAAGUCACCAUUAUGUGUACACGGUCCGCGUUUACGAGCCUUCUGCAAAGGCAGGAGCAAAAUGCCAGCGGAACAACCACGGGCUCACGACCAUCGUAAUGGAGAUAUCCAGAUAUUGUGCCACCUGCAUAAGAGAAUGAGAAUCCCUUUGCCCAGAAAGCAAUGCGACUGGUCGCGACGGAUUCCCGUGGCAGGGCUUACAGAUUUACCUCUUGUUGCGGUCACGAUGAGGGGUGACUUUUACUUCGUCCACAGCAAGCAAAAAUAUUGCAUGAACCAUACCUCCACCAGGAGCGUAUUCCCCCACGUAGCGAAUGCUCGCACGUUCGACAUCGCCGUCACCCCAGGUUGCGACGAGGCCCCGCAUCAGAUCACCUUCAUGGCCGCCCCAGCACGCUAAUAGUCCUACGCAUGCAUCAGAUGACAUUUAAUAUGCACUAUAAGAACCCCACAUUGUUGAUGCCCGACA